AUGGGUUCUUUGAUUGAUAAUACAAAUCACAUAUCAAGUACCAUUAAUGAGAUGGAGCCGUACCGCGUAUUGAGAGGCCGUGUUAAUAGUAUAGGGUUUCGGCCAGAUGAACGCCUAAUACCGUUCUUGGAGUUAGCCGGGUUUGGAUCAGUGGCAUUGAUCCGGACUUUUGAUCUGCGAUAUGACUUGAUUUCCGCUUUAGUCGAGCGAUGGCGUCCGGAGACCCACACAUUUCAUUUGCCGUGCGGGGAGUGCACCAUCACUCUAGAAGACGUUGCACUACAGCUCGGGCUCCCCAUCGACGGGAACUCGGUCACGGGCAUAAGUUCGAUCUCCAGGCCGGCAACCCUUUGCUAUAAAUUACUUGGACGCUCGCCAAGUGAGGGGAAAUUUGCCAGUGGUGUACUUAUGCCGGAUUCAAACGAUAGUACGAUUCACUUGAUGUACUUACCCCUAUUAUCUAAUUUGCAUAACACCCGUUCAUACAGUUGGGGUUCCGCAGUGUUAGCCAUGUUGUAUCGUGAACUUUUUCGGACGACAGAUCCUUCUGCGAUGGACAUAGGCGAAUGCCUCAUACUGCUAUGGAGCACAAAUCCAGGUAUCGGGAGGUCAUACAUGGUUUUGAUAUACCAUCUGAUGAUUGAGAAUCAUUCUGGAGAAGGGAAAUUAUGGCGGUUAUUCCCUCUUCUACCUGCGUCCACUCAAACUUAUGGUGCAUUAGCGCACCCGUUAUCAAUUUUCAAAUAG